CAGGAUCGGGGUUGCAACACAACUGUUGCAACCACACCUUAAUAAAUUUUGUAUAAAAAUCAAAAAAUUGCACCCAUUCUGCACACUCAACAGUUGGUGGCAAAGUAAGCAACAUGGCAUUCAAAUUCGUUGUAUUCUCAACCCUUUUGGCUUUGGCCCGUGCUGGCGUUCCCGCUCUUCACGCCGCUCCCGCCCUCUCCUACGCCGCCCCCAUCGCUCGUGCCGUAGCCCCCGUUGCUUACGCCGCCCCCGUGGCUAGAGCCAUAGCCCCAGUUGCUUACGCCGCCCCUGUUGCCAGAGCUGUAGCUCCAGUAACGUACGCCGCCCCCGUAGCCAAAGCCGUAGUCGCCGAGCCCUAUGCCCCAGCUCACUACGACUUCGGAUACGCCGUCAACGACCCCCACACUGGAGACAGCAAGAGCCAGCACGAGUCUCGCCGUGGGGACGUUGUCCAAGGCGCUUACUCUUUGAUUGACUCUGAUGGCACCAGACGUGUUGUCGAAUACGCCGCCGACCCCAUUCACGGUUUCAACGCUGUUGUCCACAAGGAGCCUUUGGCUGCUCCUGUUGCCGUUGCUCCCGUGGCCAGAGUCGCCGCUCCCGUUGCUGUAGCUGCCCCUGUUGCUAGAGUUGCCGCUCCCGUUGCUGUAGCCGCCCCCGUUGCCAGAUUUGCCGCCCCUGCAGUUGCCCAUUACGCCGCCCCUGCUGUCGCCCAUUACGCCGCCCCCGCUGUUGGAUACAGUGGUUUCGGUUACGCCAGAGGCUUGGGAUACGCUAGAGGUUUGGGAUACGCUGGAAGUUUGGGAUACGCUAGAGGUUUGGGAUACGCUGGAAGUUUGGGAUACGCCAGAGGCUUGGGAUAUGCUGGAGGGUUAGGAUAUUCCGCUGGAUUGGGCUACUCUAAAGCUCUUCUUUAAAUAUUGUUAAGACUGUUGUUGGUUAUUUGAAGUUUGUACAAAUAAUUAAAUGAGAAAUUAGAAACAUUAA